UCGUCCUAUAAAUGAGCACUCACAUGCUCAUGAGACACUUGGAGGGGGCAGAGAAAGAAAAGUAGAGAAGAGAAAGAGGAGAGAGGGUAGUUGUUGUGAGAUAGCUAGCCAUGGGAAGGCCUCCAUGCUGCGAUAAGGUUGACAUUAAGAAAGGUCCCUGGACUCCAGAAGAAGACAUCAUCUUGAUCUCCUACAUUCAAGAACAUGGACCUGGGAACUGGAAAUCAGUACCUACAAACACUGGUUUGAUGAGAUGUAGUAAGAGUUGCCGACUGAGAUGGACUAACUACCUCCGGCCGGGAAUUAAGCGUGGAAACUUCACCCCGCAUGAAGAAGAAAUGAUCAUCCAUCUACAAGCUUUGCUAGGUAACAGGUGGGCAGCCAUUGCUUCUUACCUUCCUCGGAGAACAGAUAAUGAUAUCAAGAACUACUGGAACACCCACCUGAAGAAGAAGAUCAAGAAGGAUCAAACAACAAUUGGCAGCUACAUGGCUCCAUCUGAUUCAACCAUUACCUGCCAUGAGCUUAUAGCCAAAGGCUACAACAGUGAGACCAGGAAUUCAGAUAUCUCCACCAUCCACUUCCCUCUCCCCAGGUCCAGCCAUAGCUCUUCCACCUAUGCCUCGAGCGCCGAAAACAUUUCAAGACUCCUAGAAGGGUGGAUGAGAUCCUGUCCAAAGGCUAAUUUCAAGCCAGCUCAAGAUAAACAACAUCAAAGCAUCAAUGCCUUCAGCAGCAGCAGCAGCAAUGCUUUUAACCAAGCACAUCCUGAAGUGGGACAUGCUAAGAGUGGUCGAGAAUGUGGCGAUCCUAUUCCCCAAGCUUAUAUUGAAGGGGGACAAGUUAUGGAUGAUCAAGGAUAUUGUGAUCGUAUUCCACAUGAAGAGGUUGAGUUAUUCCUCUCAUUCGAAAACUCGAGCGGCAAUCCCUGGGAGAAAUCAUGCGUUGACUCAACAUUCUAUGGGCCGCAGUCCCCAGUAGCUGAUGCUGAAGCCAGGCAGACACUGGACAGCGGACAGCACGCUCCCCUGUCUUUGUUGGAGAAGUGGCUGCUCGAGGAGGCAACAGGACAAGUAGAUCUCAUGGAGCUAUCUGCUGAUUGCUGCUCAGGUGCUAUGCUCCAAUAGUUCUUAUCUUGUCUCUACCAGCCAUGCAUAAGAUGAAGACAAGAUCGAUGCAUUAGCCGCCUGGUGGCUGAUUACUGUUACUAGCACUUAAGAAUAUUUAGAGACAGAAGAAGAAGAAGAAGUUGAUAGUAAAAAUGUGAAGCUGUGUUCUAUGAAUUAUUAGAAAUAAAAUCUAUUAUUCAAGUCUUAAUCUUU